UGCUUUGAGCGUCUUCCCCCUGUUGGUCAGUGCACAUCAUAGCUACCCGUUAAAUGGUCAAAUGGUUGCUUAGGCAUAUAGAUGUUAAGUCAAGGAGAGCAAGAACUGCUAUCUCCAGAACAAACAAACAACAACAACAACAAAAGAACUACCUCUAGCACCUAGCACCAUGCCUAGCACGUGGUAGACACAUCAUCUAGUGAAUCUGUCUUCUACGCACUUCAAACAUAAGUUCCUCCUUUAAACUCAGCAGUAACUCCCCGCGGGAGGAAACAUGCUCCCCAUGGUGCAAAGAAGGAAACCGAGUCAGGUUUCUAGCUUGUCUGCGUCACUGAGCUAGUAGCUGAAGGAGCCGGAGGCCUGCAGGUCCCCAGAGCCCUCGCUCAAACACCGCACCCGCCACGGAAGUUUCCAGUGUGGGGAACCCAGCGAUCCAGGAGCCCUCGGACAUAAAGGUAGAAAGGAGCAACAGCCGCCUGCAGGGUCCCGGAGUUCCCAGCAGGCCCUGCACUCCGACGUGCUGCCGGACAAGUGGGCGGUCCCAGGCGCCGGAAGACGGCCGGGGAACUACAUUUCCCAAAAGGCUCCGCGGGGCGCGGCUGACUGGCGGAAGCGAGGCCGGCGACGGCGUGACGAAGCGCAGGGACGCUGGCGCGCGGGGUUUAAACUGCGGCGGUUUACGGGCGUUAGGACUUCGUCGAGUUAGGGGAGUUGGAGGUUCUUGGUGUUUUUUUUUUCCCGGCGCAUCUGCCGACUGACUGCCCAAUGGACUCGACGCUUCAGGCCCGCUUGUUUCCCGGUCUCGACAUCAAGAUCCAACGCAGUAAUGGCCUAAUUCACAGUGCCAGUGUAAGGACUGUGGACUUGGAGAAAGCCUGUGUUUCAGUGGAAUGGAUAGAAGGAGGUGCCACAAAGGGCAAAGAGAUUGAUUUUGAUGAUGUGGCUGCAAUAAACCCAGAACUCUUACAGCCUCUUCCCUUACACCCGAAGGAUAAUCUGCCGCUGCAGGUGAAUGUCAUGAAACAAAAGCGCAGAUCAGUCAACUCCAAAAUUCCCGCUCCAAAGGAAGGUCUCCGAAGCCGCUCCACUCGCAUGUCCACCCUCUCAGAGGUUCACAUCACCCCUAAGGAGGAUGGUAUGGAGGUGGACCUGCCCGUGCGUGCCAAUUCCCGCAAGCAGUUCUUAGUUCCCACUGGCCCCCCUAGGAACUCCUGCCCUGCAGUGGCUGAAAUACCAUUUACGAUGGUCAGCGAGGAGGUAGAAGAGCAAGUCCGUUCCAUGCGAGGCAGCUCUUCUGCAAACCCGGUGAACUCAGUUCGGAGGAAAUCAUGUAUUGUGAAGGAAAUGGAAAAAAUGAAGAACAAACGAGAAGAGAAGAGGGCCCAGAUCUCUGAAAUGAGAACAAAGCGAGCUCAGGAGUAUGACAACAGCUUUCCAAACUGGGAAUUUUCCCGGAUGAUUAAGGAAUUUCGGGCUACGUUGGAUUGUCAUCCCCUUACUAUGACUGAUCCUAUAGAAGAGCACAGGAUAUGCGUUUGUGUUAGGAAGCGCCCGCUGAAUAAACAAGAACUGGCCAAGAAAGAAAUUGAUGUGAUUUCUGUUCCUAGCAAGUGUCUCCUCUUCGUACACGAGCCCAAGUUAAAAGUGGACUUAACAAAGUAUCUGGAGAACCAGGCGUUCUGCUUUGACUUUGCAUUUGAUGAAACAGCUUCAAAUGAAGUCAUCUAUAGGUUCACAGCAAGGCCACUGGUACACACAAUUUUCCAAGGCGGAAAAGCGACCUGUUUUGCAUAUGGCCAGACGGGAAGUGGCAAGACACAUACUAUGGGCGGAGGCCUCUCUGGGAAAGCCCAGAAUGCAUCCAAAGGAAUCUAUGCGAUGGCCUCCCAGGAUGUCUUCCUCAUGAAGAAUCAGCCCCGCUACCGGAACCUGGGCCUGGAAGUCUAUGUGACGUUCUUUGAGAUCUAUAAUGGGAAGCUGUUCGAUUUGCUGAACAAGAAGGCCAAGCUGCGCGUGCUGGAGGAUGGAAAGCAGCAGGUGCAGGUGGUGGGGCUGCAGGAGCACCUGGUUAACUGUGCUGACGAUGUCAUCAAGAUGAUCGACAUAGGCAGUGCCUGCAGGACCUCUGGGCAGACAUUUGCCAACUCCAACUCUUCCCGCUCUCAUGCCUGCUUCCAGAUUCUCCUUAAAGCCAAAGGGAGAGUGCAUGGCAAGUUCUCUUUGGUGGAUCUGGCAGGGAACGAACGAGGUGCAGACACUUCCAGUGCUGACCGUCAGACCCGCAUGGAAGGCGCAGAAAUCAACAAAAGCCUUCUGGCUCUGAAGGAGUGCAUCAGGGCCCUGGGACAGAACAAGGCUCACACCCCUUUCCGCGAGAGCAAGCUGACACAGGUGCUACGGGACUCCUUCAUCGGGGAGAACUCAAGGACCUGUAUGAUUGCCAUGAUCUCACCAGGCAUAAGCUCCUGUGAAUAUACUUUAAAUACACUAAGAUACGCAGACAGGGUCAAGGAGCUGAGCCCCCACAGCGGGCCCAGUGGGGAGCAGCCAAUUCAAAUGGAAACAGAAGAGACAGAAGCCAGCUCUCAGGAGUCUCUGAUCACAAGCAACCUUUCCAAGGAAGAAGAGGAACUGUCUUCCCAGAUGUCCAGCUUUAAUGAAGCCAUGACUCAGAUCAGGGAGCUGGAGGAGAGGGCCAUUGAAGAGCUCAAGGAGAUCGUCCAGGUGGGCAGCUGGCGCUGGCAUAUCAACCCCAGCACAGGCCCGCCGCUGUGCUCAGCACCAUUGCCUGAGUGUGACCUGGGCUUUGCUUCCACAGGUCUUCAGCAAGUGCCAAGCUGGCUUGAGCUCUCCGAGAUGACCGAGCAGCCCGACUACGAUCUGGAGACUUUUGUGAACAAGACAGAGUCUGCCCUGGCCCAGCAAGCCAAGCACUUCUCAGCCCUGCAAGAUGACAUCAAGGCCUUACGCUUGGCCAUGCAGAUGGAAGAACAGGCCAGCAAACAAAUAAGCAGCAAGAAACGGCCCCAGUGACGACUGCAAAUAAAGAUAUUUGGUGUCACACCCAGCCUUUUCACCACCCCACUUCUCCCCAGUGAACUGUGGGCACCUGGUUCUGAGCUCAGACAGGCUUUGGUAAAUGCCAAGUAUUGGGGCAUCAGAGCCAGGGCAGCUGGGGAGAUCAGAGUGACAUGGGACGCUACUUUCCUUCCUCCAUUGUAGUCCUGAAGGGAGCAAGGAUGAGAAGAGGGAACUUUUAACUACCCUGUGUGGCCCUUCUUUCCAAGUGGGGAAGGCUCGUUGGCAUAGAGCUUUCUCUUGGUCAGCAUUCUGCCUGCGUGGACUGGCUGCCGGCGGCUGUGACCUGCCAUCCUUGGUCUGGGCACUAAAGUGUCUCAUACUUUUAAACCUCUUCGUUCCUUGCUUUGCUGUUUUAAGGUCUAAGAGGAUCCCUGUUGUUUUUUGUUUUGUGGUUAUACAUUGUGUCUAACAAUAAAGAAA